GUGUCACGAUCCAAUUACGCGUUCAGGUUCCGGAUAGGGGCGUGCGUUUGGGGGAAGGAAAAUCGUGAUUGGCUGUCUUGGAUACACAGCCCUAAUUAUGCGAGGUGCCCAGUCCAGACAGACAGACGUGAAGUUGCGGGUGUCAGAGGGCAUGGUGGCGGAGUACGAGAAGGAGAAACAAAGCACCGAGAGCCGAAUGCAGAUGGAGAAGACUGCGCAAGAGCAGCUCCAAAAGGAACUGACUGAACUGUCCACGGCCUCGAACACGAAGAAAACAGAGCUAGAUGCGUGUAUGGGGCAGAAGAAAACAGUGACAGAUGAAAUUGCUUCAGCGCAAGAGCAAUUAAAAACAUUCCAAGAUCAGAGCGCGAAGGAGAAGACGGCCUGGGAAGCAGAGAUUGCAGCUCUUAAAGAGAACCUCAAUACACAAAGUCCCAUUUGUAACUACCUUAAACCAGGAUCCUCAGUGCAAGGUUGUCCGGAGAAGAAAGAAGAGCCAAAACCAAAUGCAGAGCAACCAAAGCCCGAGCCCCCCAAAGCUGAAGAAGCUAAACCAGAUGCCCCGAAACCAGAUGCUCCAAAACCAGAGGAACCUAAAGCAGAUGCCCCAAAACCAGAGGAACCUAAAGCAGAUGCCCCAAAACCAGAGGAGCCUAAACAAGAAGCACAAAAUCCAGAAGCCGUCAAACCAGAAGCUCCUAAACAAUAAAACCUUAUGUUUCCUCAUCAUAAACAGACCUGGAUUUGUGUUUUGUUUCAUUCACACAUUUUUAACACACAAAUCCAUCAUAUGCUUAGUUCUUCCCCUUUACUCCAUACACUUUCACAUACUGAGAAUAAUUUGGAUGAUUUUAGCCCAUGACAUCACAACGUGGAACAGAGCAUUUACAGAUUUGUAGAUGUAGACUAAUAAUAAAGGAUUACUCAAAUGUGUGUGAAAUAAACAAAACACAACUCCAGGUAUGUUUUUGAGAAGGUAACAACAUUAUAACACGACCUAAAGCUCACAAGAAUCCAUUUUGUGUAUUGUAGGACCUUUGAAAGGAAAUAGCUCUUUGUACAACAGCGCCAAGAUGCACACUCAAAAUCAGAGCAUUAUGAGAACUUUUGAGUGAAAAUGACUUGAUGAUUUUAUGGUGAACCUAUUUCUUUCUGAUUACUACAAAAAACAUUCCCUGCUAGUGCAAAGAAAGGUAAACACAAUAGUUAUUAAACCUGAAAAAGUAAUGUUCUUUCUAUGAUUUAUUAAAGAUAAGAGGAUAUAAUCAUUAUCGUGACAGGACAAUUAACAACCCGAAUUCUGACUUAACAUGCUGUUGGUCAUUAUCCAGCCAUAAUUCUUUAAAAAAUAUUUAUUUUUGUGAGACUGGGCCAUAAACUCAGUAAGAUUUAUUAGUUGGGAGCUGUUGUGUCUCAUAGGUUGUUGGUAUUCUUGAAAUUGAAUGGUUUCAUUUCAGAUUGAGAGUGGGGGUCUAUGUAACUCUAAAAAAUGUAAUUUACUAUUUUGGAAGAAAUUAAGACAUAUAACUUAAACUUAGUCAGACAUGGAGUAUAAAAGCUCUUACCUCAAAAUAUUACUCGAGUAUUGGAAUUAAGCAUGAUAUAGUAAAAUUAUAGUUAAAGGUACAAUUCUAAAAGUUACUGAAGUAAAUGUAAAUUGCUACCACCCACAUUUGAAUAUGCUGCAAUUCAGAAACAUGGAAGUUUGGUUUUAUAUAACCCAAAAUGUUGGUUUAUGUAUGCAGUUUACUAUGUCGUUGUUAUAAUGUUGUUUAAUAUGUUUAAAAAAGGAAAAAAAAAAGAUCUCUUCAUUCAGUCCUGGCUGGCAUGUGACAUUUAAAAUAUAUAUCCAGUAAGUUUUAUGUUAGAAAAGUACUGGCAAGUUUGUCAACACCCCUUGCAUCCUGAGGGGUAGUUUCAAAGAUCGUUGCUUUGUCUAUGUGGUGUUUUGCCAUGGGGUAGUAAUCUGUACUUUGUGUUUUAAAGGCAUAUUAAUGUUCAGUCAGUCUGUCACGGAAAAGGUGCUACAUCUCCCUUACAUAAAAAGCACAUUCAGAACAGGAGACAAAACGAUGUCUAUGUACAGGGCGAGCAUGUUAAGCAAACACUAACCUGUAUCCUGUUGUGAAGUCAAUUAUUAAAGAGGUGAAGAGAAACAGCCAAAGUUAUUAUUAGUUUAUAUAGCGUAGUGAUAUGUGUUGUGUGUGUCAAUGAAAACAAUUCAAACUAAUUGUGAAUAAAAUAAUUUAUCUUAAUAUGA